AGUAGCUGAGACUCUGUGCCCCCGUUGGAGAGAUGGUUGAGUCCUCGUCAAGGUUGCUGUGGUAUCCCAGAAACACCAUUCACUCUGAGCUGUGACCGCGCACCAACAACAGCAACAACUCCACUGCGCCUGGCCAAGGAAUAGGAAUUAGGAGCUCACGAAUAAUAUGAAAGGGAUCUGCAAAGGGGAAAUCCGUGCAAAGGAAUCAAAAUCGGGGGACUUUGGGAAAAGAGGAUGUAUUAAAUGCGGCCGACUUGACUUCAUUCUGGUGAAGAAAAUGGGGAUUAAAAGUGGAUUUACGUUUUGGAACCUCGUCUUUUUGUUGAUGAUUUCAUGUGUGAAAGGGUUUAUUUAUACAUGUGGUGGAACAUUAAAAGGACUCAAUGGCACUAUAGAGAGCCCUGGCUUCCCAUAUGGCUAUCCAAAUGGUGCAAACUGUACAUGGGUAAUAAUAGCAGAAGAACGGAACAGAAUACAAAUCGUCUUCCAGUCAUUUGCUCUAGAAGAGGAAUAUGACUACUUAUCGUUAUAUGAUGGACAUCCUCAUCCUACAAACUUUAGGACAAGGCUAACGGGAUUCCAUCUGCCACCACCUGUGACGAGUACCAAGUCUGUUUUCUCACUACGUUUGACCAGUGAUUUUGCAGUGAGUGCCCAUGGCUUUAAAGUAUAUUAUGAAGAAUUACAAAGUAGUUCCUGUGGAAAUCCAGGCGUUCCACCCAAAGGUGUUUUAUAUGGCACUAGGUUUGAUGUUGGUGAUAAAAUUCGCUACAGCUGUGUGACUGGCUAUAUCCUGGAUGGUCAUCCUCAACUAACCUGCAUAGCCAAUUCUGUCAAUACAGCAUCAUGGGAUUUUCCAGUUCCCAUCUGCAGAGCUGAAGAUGCCUGUGGAGGCACAAUGAGAGGAUCCAGUGGCAUAAUUUCCAGUCCUAGCUUUCCUAAUGAAUAUCAUAACAAUGCUGAUUGCACAUGGACAAUUGUAGCUGAGCCCGGGGACACCAUUUCACUCAUAUUUACAGAUUUCCAAAUGGAAGAGAAAUAUGAUUACUUGGAAAUAGAAGGUUCUGAACCACCAACAAUAUGGUUAUCUGGAAUGAAUAUACCACCACCGAUUAUCAGCAACAAAAACUGGCUGCGGCUGCACUUUGUCACAGACAGCAACCACCGCUACCGUGGAUUUAGCGCCCCAUAUCAAGGUUCUUCUACAUUGACCCACACUUCCUCCACUGGUGAGUUAGAGGAGCAUAUUGCGACUGCCACUGAUGCUAUUGCUGUUGCUAGCACAUCUGCAGAUGUUACUGCAUCCAAUGUGACAGCUGUCACCACCCCUAGACUUUCUGAGGAACAGCGAGUGCAAGUGACAAGCCUCAGAAAUUCAGGUCUGGACCCCAACACAUCCAAGGACGGGCUCUUUCUUCAUCAAGCAGAUACACAAAGUACAAGGAGAAGACCAAGAAAUGCUGAGCAGAUAGAAAGAACUAAAGAACAUGCAGUUGUUACUCAUAGAGUGAAAAAGGCCAUAGAUUUUAAAUCUAGAGGAUUUAAAUUGUUUCCAGGGAAAGACAACAGCAACAAGUUUUCUAUCUUAAAUGAGGGAGGUAUUAAAACAGCAUCGAAUUUAUGCCCAGAUCCAGGAGAGCCAGAAAAUGGAAAGAGAGUAGGCUCAGAUUUCAGCCUUGGAGCCACUGUGCAGUUCUCUUGUGAUGAAGACUAUGUUCUACAGGGUUCAAAAAGUAUCACAUGUCAAAGGAUAGCAGAAGUCUUUGCUGCUUGGAGUGAUCACAGACCCGUAUGUAAAGUGAAGACGUGUGGUUCUAAUCUUCAAGGACCGAGUGGUACCUUCACAUCUCCAAAUUUUCCAUUCCAAUAUGAUAGCAAUGCACAGUGUGUUUGGGUCAUCACAGCAGUGAAUACAAAUAAGGUUAUUCAGAUAAACUUUGAAGAAUGUGGAUCUAGAGUCUGGCUAUGACCACCAUUGACAAUUGGCGAUGGAGGAGAAGUUGGAGAUCCCAGAACUGUGCUGCAAGUGCUAACAGGAAGCUUUGUACCAGAUUUAAUAGUGAGCAUGAGUAGUCAGAUGUGGCUUCACCUUCAGACAGAUGAAAGCGUUGGAUCCGUUGGAUUCAAGGUGAACUACAAAGAAAUUGAAAAAGAGAGCUGUGGAGAUCCUGGAACACCACUUUAUGGAAUUCGAGAAGGAGAUGGAUUUUCGAACAGAGAUGUUUUAAGAUUUGAAUGUCAAUUUGGAUUUGAGCUUAUUGGAGAGAAAUCAAUUAUUUGUCAAGAAAAUAACCAGUGGUCUGCAAACAUACCAAUCUGUAUCUUUCCUUGCCUUUCUAACUUUACUGCGCCUAUGGGGACAGUUCUUUCUCCUGAUUACCCAGAAGGAUAUGGAAAUAAUUUAAAUUGUAUCUGGACAAUCAUCUCAGACCCUGGGAGUCGGAUACACCUUUCAUUUAAUGACUUUGACUUGGAAUCCCAGUUUGACUUCCUUGCUGUUAAAGAUGGUGAUUCUCCAGACUCUCCAAUCCUUGGAACAUUCACUGGUGCUGAGGUUCCUUCUCAUCUCACUAGCAAUAGUCAUAUUCUGCGCCUGGAAUUUCAAGCAGACCACUCAAUGUCGGGCCGUGGCUUUAACAUAACAUAUAAUACAUUUGGACACAAUGAAUGUCCUGAUCCUGGAAUACCAAUAAAUGCACGCCGGUUUGGAGACAACUUUCAAUUAGGAAGUUCAAUAUCAGUUAUUUGUGAAGAGGGAUUUAUUAAAACACAAGGAACAGAAACAAUCACUUGCAUACUUAUGGAUGGCAAAGUAAUGUGGAGUGGGCCAAUUCCCAGAUGUGGAGCUCCAUGUGGUGGACAUUUUUCCUCUCCCAGUGGAGUGAUCCUUUCUCCAGGAUGGCCAGGGUAUUACAAAGACUCCUUGAAUUGUGAGUGGGUGAUUGAAGCUGAACCCGGACACUCUAUCAAAAUUACAUUUGAAAGAUUUCAGACUGAACUAAACUAUGAUGUUUUGGAAGUUCAUGAUGGGCCAAAUCUUCUAUCACCUCUACUUGGAUCUUACAAUGGUACUCAAGUCCCCCAGUUUCUGUUUAGUAGCAGCAAUUUCAUCUACCUUCUAUUUACAACAGACAACAGUCGUUCUAAUAAUGGAUUCAAGAUUCAUUAUGAAAGUGUUACAGUUAACACAUAUUCCUGUUUGGAUCCUGGCAUACCAGUACAUGGACGGCGUUAUGGUCAUGAUUUCUCCAUAGGUUCCACUGUGUCAUUUAGUUGUGAUCCAGGAUAUAGAUUAAGCCAUGAAGAACCUCUUCUAUGUGAAAAAAACCAUUGGUGGAGUCAUCCACUCCCAACUUGUGAUGCAUUAUGCGGAGGUGAUGUUCGAGGGCCUAGUGGAACAAUCUUAUCCCCUGGUUACCCUGAAUUCUAUCCAAAUUCCUUGAAUUGUACAUGGACUGUAGAUGUCACCCAUGGAAAAGGAGUACAAUUCACCUUUCAUACCUUUCAUUUGGAAGAUCAUCAUGACUACUUACUAAUCACUGAAAAUGGCAGUUUUACUCAGCCCUUGGCACGCCUCACUGGCUCAGAACUUCCUUCAACAAUCAACGCUGGUCUCUAUGGAAAUUUCAGGGCUCAAUUGCGAUUUAUUUCGGAUUUUUCAAUAUCAUAUGAAGGAUUUAACAUUACAUUCUCUGAAUACAAUCUUGAACCUUGUGAGGAUCCUGGAAUUCCCCAAUAUGGCAAUCGAAUAGGACUGAACUUUGGGGUUGGAGAUACACUGACCUUCUCAUGCUCAUCAGGAUAUCGUCUAGAAGGGACUUCAGAGAUCAUCUGUCUUGGUGGUGGCCGGCGUGUGUGGAGUGCACCUCUGCCAAGGUGUGUGGCGGAAUGUGGUGCAUCUGCAACAAAUAAUGAAGGAAUUUUGCUGUCUCCCAAUUACCCUCUCAACUAUGAAAACAACCAUGAGUGCAUUUAUAGCAUUCAGGUACAAGCAGGGAAGGGAAUCAAUAUUUCAGCCAGAACAUUUCACUUAGCACAAGGAGAUGUUCUUAAGAUAUAUGAUGGAAAAGAUAAAACAACCCACCUCCUGGGUGCUUUUACUGGUGCAUCGAUGAGAGGACUGACACUCAGUAGUACCUCAAAUCAGCUAUGGUUAGAAUUUAAUUCUGAUUCAGAAGGUACUGAUGAAGGCUUUCAACUUGUUUAUACCAGUUUUGAACUUUCACAUUGUGAAGAUCCUGGCGUGCCACAAUUUGGAUACAAGAUCAGUGAUCAAGGCCACUUUGCUGGUAGCACCAUCAUUUAUGGAUGUAAUCCAGGUUAUACCCUCCAUGGAAGUAGCCUUUUAAAGUGCAUGACAGGGGAAAGAAGAGCAUGGGAUUACCCUCUGCCAUCAUGUAUUGCUGAAUGUGGAGGCCGUUUUAAAGGAGAAUCUUCAGGAAGAAUCCUAUCUCCUGGUUACCCCUUUCCUUAUGACAAUAAUCUGAGAUGCAUGUGGAUGAUUGAGGUCGAUCCAGGAAACAUUGUUAGCUUACAGUUUCUUGCCUUUGAUACUGAGGCAUCACAUGAUAUCCUACGAGUUUGGGAUGGUCCACCUGAAAAUGAGAUGCUACUAAAGGAAAUUAGUGGAUCCCUCAUUCCAGAAGGUAUCCAUAGCACACUAAACAUAGUAACAGUCCAGUUUGACACAGACUUUUACAUCAGCAAAUCUGGAUUUGCCAUUCAAUUUUCAAGUUCUGUAGCGACUGCUUGUCGUGAUCCAGGUGUUCCCAUGAAUGGAACUCGAAAUGGGGACGGGAGAGAACCUGGGGACACAGUUGUUUUUCAGUGUGAUCCAGGUUAUGAGCUACAAGGAGAAGAAAGAAUAACCUGCAUUCAGGUGGAAAACCGUUACUUCUGGCAGCCCAGCCCACCCGUCUGUAUAGCACCCUGUGGAGGCAAUUUAACAGGUUCUUCAGGCUUUAUUCUUUCUCCAAACUUUCCUCAUCCAUACCCUCAUAGUAGAGACUGUGACUGGACUAUCACAGUCAAUUCGGAUUAUGUUAUAUCUUUAGCAUUUAUCAGUUUCAGCAUAGAACCAAACUAUGACUUCUUGUAUAUAUAUGAUGGGCCAGAUAGUAAUAGUCCACUUAUUGGAAGCUUUCAAGACAGCAAAUUACCAGAAAGGAUAGAAAGUGGCUCUAACACUAUGCAUCUGGCUUUUCGAAGUGAUGGAUCUGUCAGUUACACUGGCUUUCAUCUAGAAUACAAAGCAAAACUACGUGAAUCCUGCUUUGACCCAGGAAAUAUAAUGAAUGGGACCAGACUGGGAAUGGAUUAUAAACUAGGUUCAACAGUCACAUAUUACUGUGAUGCUGGUUAUGUUCUUCAAGGAUAUUCAACACUUACCUGCAUCAUGGGAGAUGAUGGAAGACCUGGAUGGAACCGGGCAUUACCAAGCUGUCAUGCUCCCUGUGGAAGUCGUUCAACAGGUUCUGAAGGCACUGUGUUAUCACCAAAUUAUCCUAAAAACUACAGUGUGGGACAUAAUUGCGUUUAUUCUAUAGCCGUUCCCAAGGAGUUUGUGGUGUUUGGCCAGUUUGUAUUUUUCCAGACAUCACUCCACGAUGUGGUUGAGGUAUAUGAUGGGCCAACUCAACAAUCUGCUCUGUUAUCUUCCCUCUCAGGAUCCCAUUCAGGAGAAUCACUUCCACUGAGUUCAGGUAAUCAGAUCACAAUUCGAUUUACUUCAGUUGGACCAAUAACAGCUAAGGGAUUUCACUUUGUUUAUCAAGCUGUCCCGAGAACAAGUGCAACACAAUGCAGUUCUGUUCCUGAACCAAGAUUUGGAAGAAGGAUUGGCAAUGAAUUUGCAGUUGGUUCAUUGGUUCUUUUUGAAUGUAAUCCAGGAUACAUUCUCUAUGGAUCCAUAGCAAUUAGAUGUGACACAGUACCCAAUUCUUUGGCACAAUGGAAUGAUUCCUUACCUACAUGUGUUGUGCCCUGUGGUGGAAUUUUAACUAAGCGCAAAGGGACCAUUUUAUCUCCUGGUUACCCAGAGCCUUAUGACAACAAUCUGAAUUGUGUGUGGAAGAUCACAGUACCAGAGGGAGCUGGAAUUCAAGUGCAAGUUGUUAGUUUUGCUACAGAACAUAACUGGGAUUCUUUGGAUUUUUAUGAUGGUGCUGACAACAAUGCUCCAAGACUUGGAAGUUAUUCAGGAACUACGAUCCCACACCUUCUGAACAGUACAUCUAACAAUUUGUACCUAAACUUUCAGUCAGAUAUCAGCGUAUCAGCUGCUGGAUUUCAUCUUGAAUACACAGCAAUUGGCUUGGAUUCUUGUCCUGAACCACAGACUCCAAGCAGUGGAAUCAAAAUUGGAGACAGAUAUAUGGUUGGUGAUGUGGUGUCCUUUCAGUGUGAUCAAGGAUAUUCCCUUCAGGGACAUUCUCAUAUUACCUGUAUGCCUGGACCUGUAAGAAGGUGGAAUUAUCCUAUUCCAAUUUGUUUAGCUCAGUGUGGUGGUGCUAUGUCAGAUUUCAGUGGAGUGAUCCUAAGCCCUGGAUUUCCUGGAAACUAUCCUAGCAGCUUAGAUUGCACAUGGACAAUAAAAUUGCCUAUAGGCUUUGGAGUACAUUUGCAGUUUGUGAAUUUCUCUACUGAAACAAUCCAUGAUUAUUUGGAAGUAAGGAGUGGAUCUUCAGAAACUAGCACUGUUAUUGGACGACUCAGUGGUCCUCAAAUACCAUCUUCUUUAUUUAGCACUACCCAUGAAACCAGCUUAUAUUUUCACAGUGAUUAUUCUCAAAAUAAGCAAGGAUUUCAUAUAAUAUAUCAAGCUUAUCAGUUACAAAGCUGCCCUGAUCCACGCCCAUUUCGCAAUGGUUUUGUGAUUGGAAAUGAUUUCACUGUAGGCCAAACUAUUUCUUUUGAGUGUUUCCCAGGAUACACUCUUAUUGGAAACUCAGCACUCACUUGCCUCCAUGGAGUCAGUCGUAACUGGAAUUAUCCUCUUCCAAGGUGUGAAGCCCUCUGUGGUGGUAAUAUAACUGCAAUGAAUGGCACCAUUUACUCUCCUGGAUAUCCUGAUGAAUAUCCAAACUUUCAGGACUGCUUUUGGCUUGUAAGAGUACCACCAGGAAAUGGAAUCUACAUCAACUUUACAGUUCUCCAAACAGAACCAAUAUAUGAUUUCAUUACUGUCUGGGAUGGACCAGAUCAAAACUCACCUCAGAUUGGUCAAUUCAGUGGCAAUACUGCUUUGGAGUCAGUGUAUAGCACUUCAAAUCAGAUUUUAAUCAAAUUCCACAGUGAUUUCACAACAAGUGGCUUCUUUGUUCUUAGUUAUCAUGCCUACCAGCUUCGAGUAUGUCAGCCUCCACCACCUAUCCCAAAUGCUGAAAUUUUGACAGAAGAUGAUGAAUUUGAGAUAGGUGACAUCAUAAGGUACCAGUGUCUACCAGGAUUUACUUUGGUUGGCAAUGAAAUUCUAACAUGCAGAUUGGGGGAACGACUUCAAAUGGAUGGGGCACCUCCUGUUUGUCAAGUGCUCUGUCCUGCCAAUGAGUUACGAUUAGAUUCAACGGGUGUCAUAUUGAGUCCUGGCUACCCUGACAGCUACCCAAAUCUCCAGAUGUGUGCAUGGAGUAUUUCAGUGGAAAAAGGCUAUAAUAUCAGCAUGUUUGUAGAAUUCUUCCAGACAGAAAAGGAAUUUGAUGUUCUUCAGGUGUAUGAUGGACCAAAUAUUCAAAGCCCAGUGCUUAUUUCACUCAGUGGGGAUUACUCCUCUGCUCUUAAUAUAUCCAGCAAUGGUCAUGAAGUUUUCCUUCAGUGGUCAGCAGAUCAUGGCAACAAUAAAAAAGGAUUCAGGAUAAGAUAUAUAGCUCUCUACUGUAGUACUCCAGAAUCUCCCCCCCAUGGAUACAUCAUCAGUCAGACAGGGGGUCAGCUUAAUAGUGUAGUUCGAUGGGCCUGUGACCGAGGAUUCAGGCUUGUUGGGAAAAGCAGUGCUGUGUGCAGAAAAUCUCCAUAUGGAUACCAUGCAUGGGAUGCACCUGUUCCAGCCUGUCAAGCAAUUUCUUGUGGGAUUCCUAAAGCACCAACAAAUGGUGGAAUACUUACAACAGAUUACUUGGUGGGAACCCGUGUUACCUAUUUUUGCAAUGAUGGCUAUAGACUCUCAUCUAAAGAACUCACCACUGCAGUAUGUCAGUCUGAUGGAACAUGGAGCAAUCAUAAUAAAACACCUCGCUGUGUGGUUGUUACUUGCCCAAGCAUUAAUUCCUUCUCACUGGAACAUGGAAGGUGGCGGAUUGUGAAUGGCUCCCAUUAUGAGUAUAAAACUAAAGUCGUUUUUAGCUGUGACCCUGGUUAUCAUGGUUUAGGCCCAGCAUCUAUUGAAUGCCUUGCUAAUGGGACUUGGAGCUGGAGAAAUGAAAGACCAUACUGUCAAAUUAUUUCUUGUGGAGAACUUCCUACACCUCCAAAUGGAAAUAAGAUUGGGACUCAAAUUUCAUAUGGAUCAACAGCUAUCUUUACGUGUGAUUCAGGGUAUAUGCUUGUUGGCUCUACUGUAAGAGAAUGCCUUUCUUCUGGACUUUGGAGUGGAACUGAAACCAGAUGUUUAGCGGGUCAUUGUGGAAUUCCAGAGCUCAUUGUGAAUGGACAAGUCAUUGGAGAAAAUUAUGGGUACAGAGACACAGUUGUUUAUCAAUGUAAUCCUGGUUUUCGAUUGAUUGGUUCUUCUGUAAGGAUAUGCCAACAGGAUCACAAUUGGUCUGGUCAGCUGCCAUCCUGUGUGCCUGUUAGCUGUGGUCACCCUGGUAGUCCAAUUUAUGGAAGAACAAGUGGAAAUGGAUUCAACUUCAAUGAUGUUGUAACAUUCUCAUGCAAUAUUGGGUAUAUCAUGCAAGGUCCAACAAAGGCUCAAUGCCAGGCCAACAGACAGUGGAGCCAUCCACCACCAGUAUGUAAAGUUGUCAACUGUUCUGAUCCGGGAAUUCCAGCUAAUUCUAAAAGAGAAAGCAAAAUAGAACAUGGGAACUUCACUUAUGGAACUGUGGUAUUCUAUGACUGCAAUCCUGGAUAUUUUUUAUUUGGAUCUUCAGUUUUGAUAUGUCAACCAAAUGGCCAUUGGGAUAAACCCCUCCCAGAGUGUAUCAUGAUUGACUGUGGACACCCAGGAGUUCCUCCCAAUGCAAUCCUGUCUGGAGAGAAGUAUACAUUUGGUUCUACUGUUCAUUAUUCAUGUAUAGGAAAACGAACCCUUCUUGGCCAGUCAGCACGUACCUGCCAACUGAAUGGACACUGGAGUGGAUCACAGCCUCAUUGUUCAGGUGAUGUGGCUGGUUCCUGUGGGGAUCCAGGCAUUCCAGGUCAUGGUUCCAGACAGGAGAGUGACUUCAGGACCAAGAGCGUUGUCCGCUUCUCUUGUGAGACUGGUUAUAUACUUCAUGGGUCAGAAGAAAGGACUUGUUUAGCCAAUGGAAGUUGGACAGGAAGACAACCUGAAUGUAAAGCUGUGCAGUGUGGUAACCCAGGGACUACUGCCAAUGGGAAAGUGUUCCGUAUAGAUGGUACAACAUUCUCCAGUUCAGUCAUUUAUUCCUGCAUGGAGGGAUAUAUACUUUCUGGAUCAUCAGUUCGGCAGUGCACAGCCAAUGGAACAUGGUCUGGAUCCUUGCCCAACUGUACAAUUAUCAGUUGUGGGGAUCCAGGUAUACCUGCCAAUGGAAUGAGAUAUGGAGAUGAUUAUGUGGUUGGACAAAAUGUUACUUACAUGUGCCAGCCAGGUUAUACAAUGGAAUUGAAUGGCUCCAGAAUUAGAACUUGUACUACUAAUGGCACAUGGAGUGGGACAAUGCCAACUUGUAAAGCUGUUACCUGCACAACUCCUCCCCAGAUCUCUAAUGGAAGACUGGAAGGAACAAAUUUUGACUGGGGAUUUAGUAUUAGCUACAUCUGUUCUCCAGGCUAUGAACUAUCCUUUCCUGCUGUUUUGACCUGUGUAGGGAAUGGAACCUGGAGUGGGGAAGUACCACAGUGCUUACCAAAAUUUUGUGGUGACCCUGGAGUUCCCGCACAAGGGAAAAGAGAAGGCAAAAGCUUCAUCUACCAGUCUGAAGUGUCCUUUAGCUGUAAUGCCCCUUUUAUUUUAGUGGGAUCAAGCACUAGAAUAUGCCAAGCUGAUGGAACUUGGAGUGGUUCGUCACCACAUUGCAUAGAGCCCACCCGCACAUCAUGUGAAAACCCGGGAGUACCACGUCAUGGAUCACAGAACAAUACAUUUGGAUUUCAAGUAGGAAAUAUUGUACAGUUUCAUUGCAAAAAAGGACACCUCCUACAAGGUUCAACAACCCGAACUUGCCUUCCGGACCUCACAUGGAGUGGAAUUCAGCCUGAAUGUAUACCACAUAGCUGUAAACAGCCAGAAACUCCUGCUCAUGCAAAUGUUGUAGGAAUGGAUCUUCCAUCGCAUGGCUAUACACUGAUAUAUACAUGUCAGCCUGGUUUCUUCUUAGCAGGAGGAACAGAACAUAGGGUCUGUAGAUCUGAUAGCACAUGGACAGGAAAAGUUCCAGUAUGUGAAGCUGGUUCUAAAAUAUUGGUGAAAGAUCCUAGACCAGCUUUGGGAACACCCAGUCCAAAGUUAAGUGUUCCUGAUGAUGUCUUUGCCCAGAAUUACAUAUGGAAAGGCUCUUAUAAUUUCAAAGGGAGGAAACAACCUAUGACUUUGACAGUGACCAGUUUUAAUUCAUCCACAGGAAGAGUAAAUGCAACACUAAGCAACAGCAAUAUGGAAUUGCUACUUUCAGGGGUUUAUAAAAGUCAGGAAGCUCGCUUAAUGCUACAUAUCUAUCUUAUUAAAACACCAGCUCAUGCUUCAGUGAGCAAAAUGAAGGAAGAAAAUUGGGCCAUGGAUGGUUUUGUUUCUGCCGAACCUGAUGGAGCAACUUAUGUAUUUCAAGGAUUUAUUCAGGGUAAAGAUUAUGGGCAGUUUGGACUUCAACGAUUAGGACUGAACAUGUCAGAAGGUCCCAACACUACCAACCAACCACAUGGUACCAAUAGUAGUUCUGUGGCCAUUGCUAUCCUCGUGCCUUUCUUUGCCCUUAUUUUUGCUGGUUUUGGAUUUUACCUUUAUAAACAGAGGACUGCACCUAAAACACAGUACACAGGAUGCUCAGUACAUGAAAAUAACAAUGGCCAAGCAGCUUUUGAAAACCCUAUGUAUGAUACCAAUGCAAAAUCAGUCGAAGGGAAAGCAGUACGAUUUGAUCCCAACUUGAACACAGUCUGCACAAUGGUAUAAUUUGGUAAUACUUUGGCGUCUUCAGAAGUUUGCAAAUGGAAACACAACACAGUGCACAUUUAGGCCACUGCUAAACAAAUUAAAGCACACUUUUCAGGAUUUACUGGGUCACCUUUUCCUGAGGAAUGAUAGAGAAGAGUGUUUUUUUCAUAAACUGGAACAUGACUCUUCUUCAUGUUUACCAUGGAGAGUUUUACAGAGAAUCGGCUGCACUCUGUGAGUGCUUACUCACAGUUUAUUUGCUUUUUUAAAAAAGGAGAUUAUUCUAAAACAUAAACUUAUUUGCAUAUAUUGGAGGAGCAUCCACUAUCAGUAUUUCUGUGCUUUAUAAACUAUAUUAGAGGGACUGGGUUAAAAAAAAAGAUAUAGGGUAGAAAAUAAGAGCUAUACUUACAAGAGACAAUAGGUCACUGACUUCUCUUUAACAGUCAUGAGCUACAUCAUUCCCAUGAGUAUGUAUUUUGUACCACUUUAUCGGCUAUUCAUCUUUGUUAACCAAAACAUCAUUUUCCAUAUUUGUUUGUUUGUAAGAUCAUGACAUGACCUUGAAAUUGCUUAAUUUAUGCCACAGAUGAAAAAUAAGGUUUUAUGCUCUUAUUUAAUUUCCCAGUGUUUUCAGUUCCUCGAUAUUAUAUCAGCAUUCCUGUCUUAGGUUGGCAGUAAUAAUAUCUACAAAGGGCAAUGAGAUCAUGCUACUCCCAUUGAUAGCCCCACUGUUCAAUGAUUAGUUUAGUCAGUGAGUAAGGGGAUAGUAUGGAAUUCCUCACUCCAUUAUGCUUUCAGAACUCGGCAAAACUUCCUAAAAGAAUAAAAAAAUGCAAUUAUAUAAUAAUCCCAAAGUGACUGUCCUAUUAAAGUUCCCAUUUUUUGAAAGACCAAGUAGUACAUGUUAAACUGUUGUAUUGAUACAAUAAUAUUUCCAUAUUGAAAUCUCUACAUGAAUCAUUUUGUUUUAUUACCACAUCAACAUUAUUUCACUACUUCUAUGUUUAAUCAGGACAUGUAGUAUUCUCUCUGAAAUGCACUGACUUUGAAUACAUAUUUUGGUUUCAACUCCCAACACUGAUAAUUAGAAUAUUUAUUUAUAAAGGUCCAGCAAUAGAAAUCCAGUUUUAAAAAAAGCCACAGUUUCAUCAGCUAUUGCCAUAUUGACAAAUCCUCACAACUCCUUGUCCAAAUGGGAAGGUUUGGGACAUGGUAGAGUGGUUUCCAUUUCAUAGUAGGAAAUCUAGUCUUCAGCUUGAUGGUUAGUCAUUUCAAAUGGACCAUACUGUAACCCCAGUUUCUUUAUUUAGUGGGCCAUUUGUCUUCUUUUCAUAGCAUGUUAUAUUCCAUUAAAUGCAAAUCUGUACCCAGUGUGAACUAUGUUUCUGUCCCUUUCCAAUAUGAAUAACUCUGUGAAAAUCUAAACUUUUCAUACCAUGAUACAGAGUGCCUACCAAAAAUCAUUGCACCCAGGAUUGCUGCUUGGAUUUCUACAACAUUUAAUGAAUUUCCUUCAAACCACUUUGAAACCCAUUGUUUUGAAAAUUCAUAUGAAUCUCUCAAAACUGUAUUCUACUGAUAGGAUGCUGUUUUAUAUUUUAUGCCAUCAGUUAUUUAUUCUUGUUUAUUCAAAUGACUGCAAUAACAAUGAUUCAUUCAUUAAUGUUAAGGUUAAUACAUUUAAGACCUUGUUUAAACAAUGUUUCUUCUGCAACUGGCUACUCCUCUUAUAUUAAUGCAUACACUUUUGUAAAGAAGUAUAUUUUUAUGAAAAAAAAGAAUUUGUAAAAGUAUGAUGUAAAUUUUCAGUGCAAUGUAAACAAAAU